UCCUUGGGGACGUGCCCCUGCUGUGAGAAGCGCGACUGUGGUGCGGAGGGUCCUCCUGCUCCCCUGCUGCGGCUGUGCCUCCGAACCCCGCUGUGCCCACGGUCUCCGGCCGCGCCAGCCCCCGGUUCCAGAAGGUUCAAGUUCAAGAAAUGAUGCUUCUCUGUGCCUUGCUCGUAGCCGUUGGCUGGCUGCAGGUCACUGAUGGAUAUGCACCUUGGGCCUAUCAUAUGAAAUGCUACAACUGUUGGAUGAUCAACAACUUCUUUUGUGCAAAAACUAGAGCAUGUCCCAUAAAUCUCAGGCGCUGCAUGACAAUCUCUGCUCGUUUGAAUGUUCGGGAACUAUACGUUUACAAGAACUGCACAUCCAACUGCACUUUUUUAUAUCCAUCCGAAACACCUCCUGAAGCCCCGAGAAUCCUUAAAACUAAUAGUUUUUAUUUUGUUCAUUGUUGUAAUUCUAUGACUUGCAAUGAGGGAGGACCUACUAAUUUCGAGAGGGAUAUCCUACCUGAUUAUACAAUUGAGGAGGAGUUAGAGGGAACUGUGCGCCUGGGAGAGUCAACAUUUUUCCUGAGCGUUGCCUCCAUCCUAGUCAGCAAUACACUGACAUGAGAAGCCCUCUUGGAGGGCCUGAUCUCUCCCCCCAUUCCUCAGAGCAAGUUCACUCUCCUUUCCUCCCUUGUGAGCGGGGACCCUGACCCACACGCCUUCCAGUUGGCCGGUUACCCCUUUUCAGCUUAUUUCAAGAGAGAAAUAAAGAACAUCAU